UCCGGUUCCUUUCCACUCUCCGCCCGCCGGAGCCACCGGAAGCGGAGGGAGCCGGGCGGAAAGGAGCGGAAAGCCCGUGACAGCCACCAGAGCCGCCACCUCCCUCCCUGUCACCCGGGUCACACCCCCGCCAGACCGCCGGGACACCCGCGCUGUCACCCCCGUCCAGUGUCACACCCCCUUCGGUGCCCGGCCAUGGCCAAGAACACACUGUCGUCGCGUUUCCGCAAGGUGGACAUCGAUGAGUACGACGAGAACAAGUUCGUGGACGAGCAGCUGCAGGAGGAGCCGGCGGAGCUCCAGGGGCCGGACGAGGGAGAGGUGGACGGGCUCAUCAGGCAAGGGGACCUGCUCCGAGCUUUCCACGCUGCCUUCCGGAACUCUCCUGUCAACUCCAAAAACCAAAUAGUAAAGGAACGUACCCAGGCAAUUGUACUGAAGGUCCUGACAUCGUUCAAAAGCAACGAGAUUGAGCAAGCAGUAAAAACACUGGAUCGAAACGGGAUCGACCUGCUAAUGAAAUACAUCUACAAGGGGUUUGAAAAGCCCACAGAGAACAGCAGCGCGAUAUUGCUACAGUGGCACGAAAAGGCAUUAGUAAUAGGAGGCAUUGGCUCCAUAGUCCGAGUUCUGACCUCACGGAAAGCGGUGUAAGAGACUGUAUUAGCUGAAUGGAGAAGUUUAUGUUCCGGGGCUCCAGCGCAGUGAAGGAAGAGUGGACGCAGAGGCCCGUCUGUCUGCAGAGAGCUAUAUAUUAAACUGUUUUGGAAAAUUCAAUUGGGAAUGCUUCUUAUUACCGACUGUGGACGAGACAUGAAUGUAUGUUUGUUUAAUGGGGUAUAUUUUGUUCCAAGCACCAGUCCUCCUUAGCAAGGCAAUGUAAACUGACAAAAAAGGUGAGGAAUUUGUUUAAGAUGGGCGAGCAGCAAUCCACUAAUAACCUCCACGAAGCACCUCCAAAAUCUGGCCACGCCGAGAGGUGCAGCUUCUGUAGCCAAGGCUGCGCCAGGUUCCCAGAUUUCUGCGUGCCCUCACAUUACGCCAAGUAGAAUUCCCAUGCUAAAAAGAGCCCGGGUCAUAGGACUGGUGGCUUUUUAUUUGUUAAUGUGUACAUACCGGAUUUUAGGAGUUCCUUGAGUUUUUGGUCUUACUUGAAAAUACCGGCUUUAACCCUUUCCUCCGCCCCGGGAGGAGGAAGGCAGCACGGCCUUCUUCCUCCACGGGAGGAGCCAGAAAGGGUUAACGCCUCAUAGUGAUUGGGGAAAAUACGUUAUGUGUUUGUGAUGUUUCUAAGUUAAAGCCGCAGUUUCGCUGGAGGGCGGUCUGGUGUCCUUCCCCCCCCGGCCACUCUCCUACAGUGCCCACUACUCUACUGAAACCUGUAAACUUUAUUAAACUGACAACUUCCAUGAGUGAAGUGAUGGAAUAAUUUUGUUUUAUCUUUGUGUUUAUUGGUUGAUACUUUGUAUUUUAUUUUUUUUGCCUUUUAGAAGCAACAUUGCAUGUUUCACCCUUGAACACUGAAUAUUUAUUUAGUUAUGCCUAGCAACGUACAUUGGCACGGGCAGGAUCGUCCUGCGCGGGGGUCAGUGCGCUGCGCUUGGGAGCCGGCGAAGGAGGAGGCUCGACUGGUAGGUUGUUCUGAGCCAUUUUACCUACAUCCAACCACCCUUCCCACAGAACAUGCAAUGUUGCUCUUUAUAGUAGCAGCGGUUUAGACUUUGGGAUAUUCCUGAAGAGCAGUGUUGUCUAAUGUGUGGUGUGUGCACCAGUGACAACUGGGGGCCACAGGCUGCAUUGGGGCCCACACCAUCCAUUGGACGGACCUGCUUCCUACAAUACUGAAUGUGGGUUUGCUGUGCGGAGAGGGAUUAUCUGUAAAGUGCCUGCUACAUCAAUAAAUCUCUUCGAUCACUAA